CAACUUGUAGUUAAUUUCAACAUUUAAUUGCAUUUUUUCGUCCAAAAAUCCACAAAACAAUUGAUUAAUAGUUGGUAUUAUGAAGAAACCAAUGGAUAAAUAUGUUUUCAAUUAAACUUUUUGGGUAACGAGUGAGACAUCGGAUAACUUAUUAUUAUUCAUUCAUAAUAUGUUCACGAAUUAAAAAAGCGAUUUAAAAGCUUUUAAGUUAAGGCAGAAAUAAAGACACAAAUAGAAAGUUAAUAAUAAGUUACAAUAACUGAGAGAGACCAACAAUUUAUGCCAUCGAAACAACUUUAGGACUGAAUAUGAUUGAGGUUUACCACAAACGGCCGCUCUUUUGCCUCUUAUUACUGUUGGCGAGCAGUUUAUUGAACUACAAGAACGUUGUGGUAAACGCUUCCUUCUUAAGUCUCUUCUCAGCGCAAUCGGAACCACCGGAUCCUUGUUAUGACGAGUUGGGAAACCCUCGCCGUUGUAUUCCUGACUUUGUAAACGCGGCCUUCAAUAAAGAAGUUAAGGUGUCGAGCGAAUGCGGUAAUCCUCCCACACGUCUAUGUGUGGCCUCAAACGAUGAGAGGGGAGACAUAAUACGGGACUGUCAGGUGUGCGACCAGAGCAACCCUAAGCGCCGACAUCCAGCAUCAUAUCUGACUGAUCUAAACAAUCCCAAUAACUUGAGCUGUUGGAUAUCAGAGCCGUUCACACAGAUUAAUCAAAACGCAACGCUAACAUUAAGUUUGAACAAGAAAUACGAGUUGACUUAUAUUAGUCUCCAAUUCUGUGCCGCAAAACCCGAUUCUAUGGCUAUAUUCAAAAGCAUGGAUUACGGAGAGUCGUGGCAUCCCUUCCAGUAUUACUCGAGUCAAUGCAGAAAAGUGUACGGAAGACAGAAUAGAGCGGCCAUUACUAAAGCAAAUGAGCAAGAACCAUUAUGCGCUGAUUCUAAUACAGAGCCCAUUCCCGGCGCUCGAGUGGCGUUCAGUACACUUGAGGGCCGACCAUCUGCUUAUGAUUUUGACAACAGUCCAGUCCUUCAAGAUUGGGUCACUGCCACUGACAUUAAAAUUGUGUUUAACAGAAUAAACGUCAAAAACACGGCUCCAGAGGAGACCACAAUCGGAGCCAUUGAUGAGAAUAUAACCGAUACUUCAAACGACUUGACAAAGCCAUCAGAAGGUGUAUAUUAUGCCGUAUCAGACCUGGCAGUGGGCGGCCGAUGCAAGUGCAACGGACACGCAUCCAAGUGUAUAUACAAUAAAGACAAACAAUUGGUCUGCGAUUGUAAGCAUAACACCGCCGGACAUGACUGUGAAAAAUGCAAACCCUUUCACUUUGACCGUCCCUGGGCCAGGGCUACAGCCAUGGACGCUCACCAGUGCACCCGUGAGUCCCUUUCAAACUAA